UGUUCGAGUUGUUACUAUGGAUGCAGAGCUGGAGUUUGCCAUCCAGCCAAACACUACAGGCAAACAGCUGUUUGACCAGGUGGUUAAAACCAUAGGUUUGCGAGAAGUGUGGUACUUUGGUCUUCAGUAUGUGGACAACAAAGGAUUCCAGACUUGGCUGAAGCUUGAUAAAAAGGUUUCUGCUCAAGAAAUCAGAAAGGAGAAUCCCCUCCAGUUCAAAUUCCGCGCCAAGUUCUUCCCAGAGGAUGUGUCUGAAGAGCUGAUCCAGGACAUCACGCAGAAGCUCUUCUUCCUGCAGGUGAAGGAAGGGAUCCUCAGCGAUGAGAUCUACUGUCCUCCUGAAACAGCAGUACUUCUUGGCUCCUAUGCUGUGCAGGCCAAAUUUGCAGAUUACAACAGAGAAGUGCACAAGCCUGGAUACCUCAAUUCAGAGCGCCUGAUCCCACAAAGGGUGAUGGACCAGCAUAAACUCUCCAGAGAACAGUGGGAAGAACGGAUCCAGGUGUGGCAUGCUGAACACAGUGGCAUGCUCAAAGAGAAUGCCAUGUUGGAAUACCUGAAGAUCGCUCAAGACCUGGAGAUGUAUGGAAUCAACUACUUUGAAAUCAAGAAUAAGAAAGGAACUGACCUUUGGCUGGGGGUUGAUGCCUUGGGGCUCAACAUCUAUGAAAAGGAUGAUAAACUGACUCCAAAGAUUGGGUUCCCCUGGAGCGAAAUCAGAAACAUCUCUUUCAAUGACAAGAAGUUUGUUAUAAAGCCUAUUGACAAGAAGGCACCGGACUUUGUGUUUUACGCCCCUCGUCUGAGAAUUAACAAGAGGAUCCUGCAGCUCUGCAUGGGCAACCAUGAACUGUACAUGCGGCGCAGGAAGCCCGACACCAUCGAGGUGCAACAGAUGAAAGCGCAGGCCCGGGAGGAGAAGCACCAGAAACAACUGGAAAGGCAACAACUAGAAAAUGAAAAGAAGAGGAGGGAGACAAUUGAGAGGGAGAAGGAGCAAAUGUUGAGGGAGAAGGAGGAGCUGCUGGUCAGGCUACAAGAGUAUGAGGUGAAGACACAGAAAGCAGAAAAAGAGCUCUCGGAUCAGAUCCAAAGAGCCAUUCAGCUGGAGGAGGAAAGGAGACGAGCCCAGGAGGAAGCAGAGCGCUUGGAAGCUGAUCGUUUGGCUGCUCUGCAGGCCAAGGAAGAGCUGGAGAGACAAACUCUGGACCAGAUGAAGAGCCAGGAACAGCUGGCUACAGAGCUGGCAGAGUACACAGCCAAGAUUGCACUUCUUGAAGAGGCAAGGAAGCGUAAAGAGAGCGAGGUCGAAGAGUGGCAAAUCAGAGCCAAGGAAGCCCAGGAGGAUCUGGUAAAGACAAAGGAGGAGCUACACCUGGUCAUGACUGCUCCGCCUCCACCCCCACCGCCUGUCUAUGAGCCAGUGAACUACCAUGUCCAGGAUAACUUGCAAGAUGAGGGACCUGAGUACUCCGCCUACAGCGCCGAGUUCUCCAGCGAGGGGAUCAGGAAUGACCGCAACGAGGAGAAACGCAUUACGGAGGCAGAGAAGAAUGAACGUGUACAGAGGCAACUGAGGGCGCUGACAGAUGAGCUGGCCCAGGCCAGAGAUGAAAAUAAGAGGACCCACAACGAUAUUCUCCACUCGGAGAACAUGCGGCAGGGACGUGACAAGUACAAGACGCUGCGGCAGAUCCGGCAAGGCAACACUAAGCAGAGAAUUGAUGAGUUUGAGGCGAUGUAACGAUGCUUUAUAACAAGAA